AUGGAUUUAAGUGCCGGUUUAGUGGAUUCCUGUCCCGGAAAUCUACAGGGUGUCGAAGGGUUCUUAUUUUUAACCCUUUUAAACACCUUGAUGGCAGGUAAAUGCAACAUCGGAUCCGUCGAACCAUAUCCGAAAAACUACGGUCCUGAAUUGAAGGACGACGAAGAAUUUGAUUUCAUUGUAGUCGGAUCAGGUUCCGCAGGAUCAGUGGUGGCCAAUAAGCUAAGUGAAAAUAAGGAUUGGAGGGUUUUAGUGUUGGAAGCAGGAGGAUAUCCCUCAGCUACUAGUGAUGUCCCAGGCCUUCUUUUCAGCUUGGAAACGACAAAUGAAGACUGGCAGUACAAAACAGAACCAACAAGCACAUCCUGUCUAUCGUUUAAGGACCAACAAUGCAGAUGGCCGCGGGGAAAAGUCCUUGGAGGAACCAGUGUCUUAAACGCAAUGCUUUACGUAAAAGGAAACAAAAGGGAUUACGAUCACUGGGCGGAACUAGGAAACACCGGUUGGGAUUGGGACAACGUUAAAGAUUAUUUUAAGAAACUGGAAAAUCUAGAAGGUCUGGAAGAUAGCGAACAGUUCGGUAGAGAUGGAUAUUUGGAUUUAUCAAAAUAUGAUUCAGGCGAACCAAUAAAAUACGCCUUAUUCGAAGCAUACAAACUACUGGGCUACCCGAAUUUAGACGAAGAAAACCCCCUAAAACCACUAGGCAUCCUAGACGUUACUACCAAUAUCAAAAACGGUCUUAGAAUUAACGCAGCCAAAGCCUUUCUUGGAAAAAUUAAGAAAAGAACCAACAUAUUUACGUCUCUAAACUCUUCUGUACGAAAAAUAUUGAUAGAUCCCAACACAAAGGUUGCUACAGGAGUACAAGUUAAAAUAGGUGAAAGAAUACUGAAGAUUAGGGCUAAAAAAGAAGUUAUAAUAUCCGGAGGUACGAUAAACUCACCGCAGAUUUUAAUGCUAUCCGGAAUUGGGCCGAAAGAACAUCUAGAAUCUGUCGGUAUCAAAGUAGUUAAAGAUCUACCAGUCGGGGAAAAUUUAGAAGACCAUUUUGUAGCACCAUUCGACAUUGCUCUCUCUCCAGAAGCAAUUAGAGCGGCGCACCCAUUAGACCAACUCUAUAAUUAUUUUACGCAUCAAUCUGGAAUAUUUGCGACUGUUCACGUGACCAACAGUCUAGGAUUUAUUAAUACCAAAGCCGAUUCUUCUGUAUAUCCAAACUUGGGUUUACAUCACUUCUUUUAUGCAGCUGAUGAUAAAUAUUUGAUUCCUGAAUAUACCAGAGUGUCGGGAUUGAACGAUCAGAUAUCAAUAGAUAGGCUGGAGGCUACGAAGGCUGGCCCCGGUAUGUUGUUCCUUGUAACAUUGCUGAAUCCCAAAUCCAAAGGGAAACUCCUUUUGAAAAGCAAGAAUCCCGACUAUCAUCCUUUGAUUUAUUCGGGAUAUUUGACUGACGCGGACGGUGAGGAUGUUCGAACUGUGCUGGAAGGAAUAAGAUUCUUAGAAAAACUAAUCGAAACCGACCCAAUCAAAAAAUUGAAACCGCAGCAGAUAAAAUUAAAACUUCCAGCUUGCGACAAGCACGAAUACAAUUCGGACGAGUACUGGGAGUGUAUCAUGAGGCACCUCGGAUCGACCAUAUACCAUCCAACCGGUACGUGCAAGAUGGGACCCAAAGACGACGGUACUGCAGUGGUGGAUUCGCGAUUAAAAGUUCACGGUAUCAAGAAUUUGAGGGUCGUAGAUGCCAGUAUCAUGCCGAAACUUGUCAGCGCUAAUACUCAAGCGGCAGCCAUGAUGAUUGGGUACAAAGCUGGCGUGAUGAUCGUUGAAGAUUGGAUGAAGGAUAACCGCGAUGAGUUGUGA